AAAUGUUGGCUGGGUAUACGGGGUACUUUUGGAUUGAAGUAAAGUACGGUAUUCCUUUAUUUCGACCCAAACGUUGUUAUUGUGCUGUUCUGUUGCCAAAUUCCCAUUAAUGGUAAUCUGGUCGGAACGUAUUUAUCCAACGAUUGAGAAAAAAAAAAGUAGACCUAUACGCAAAUGGAUUGUAGGGCAUUUCUGAAGAUCCUUUGUGUGAUCAUUAUAUUUGCUAAAGUUUCAUCGCACGGCUGUGGGAAACGGAGCCUGGUUGCCCGGCCGGGUGGAUCGCGCAUCGUUGGGGGUCGGGAGGCCCCCAUUGGGGCCUGGCCCUGGCUGGUGAGCAUCCAGAUCAAGGCGAGGCACCUCUGUGGGGGAACGAUCCUCAACAGUCUCUGGGUGCUCACAGCAACUCACUGCUUCAGAAAUUACCCCACUGCCAGCCACAGAUACUUCAAGGUGGUGGCCGGAUUAGACGUGCUCUCCACGCCGGGAGAACACUCUCAGAGCCGGUCCGUGCACAGACUGAGAGUGCACGAGCGUUUCAGCGCGGCGACGUUCGACAACGACGUGGCCCUGGUGCGUCUGGCCUCUCCUUGGACCUUCGACGACUACGUGCAGCCCGUCUGCACCCCCAACAACCUGACCCACGAGCUGGGGCUCAACCUCAGCCUCUGCUUCGUCACGGGGUGGGGGAGUGUUUCGUAUAAUGGUGUGGGCGUGGACAGACUGCAAGAGGCGGAGGUGGAGAUCAUCCACACCUCAAGGUGUAACCAGGCGGAUUGGUACAACGGUGUCAUCUCAGACAACAUGAUCUGUGCCGGGUCAGAGGAAGGGGCUGUGGAUACGUGUCAGGGGGACAGCGGUGGGCCUCUGCAGUGCUACAGUGAAGACGAGGACAGCUUCUACGUGGCCGGGGUGACCAGCUUCGGGGAGAAGUGUGGCCUGCCUCACCGACCAGGGGUGUACGCCCAGACCAGCAGGUUCAGCACCUGGCUGGAGAGAACCCAGGCAGACGCCUCUUCUGCACCGCCACGUCGCCUAGCAACAGCUGCCUCCAUCACACUCCUCGGCACGAUUUUGAUGCUAGUCUGAGGAGAAGGACGAAGUCACCUACAAACCACUUGGCUCCAACGUCUGAGC